AUGGUCGACCCAGUGAGAUGUUUGCACCAUGUCAAUCCGGAAGACAUUCAGCCUAUCAGCGACGCGGAAGCCACCGCUCAUCAAACACAAAUCUGGCCCAAUUGGGCAAUGGUCGGCAAGAGGCAAAUCGCCAUUUCCGCCUCAGGCCAAAAGGCAGAUGACUUGGCACGUGAUAUCAAAUCUGCUAUGCCACUACGCCACAUUUAA